UCUCAAUUUUGUAUUUGACUUAAAUUAUAGGAGAGACUGGUACAAUAUUUUUGCUGAGCCAGUUAACCCAGAUGAGGUUGAAGACUAUUAUGAGACCAUAAAAAAUCCAAUGGAUUUUGGUACAAUUUCAACAAAACUUUCUGGUGGAAGCUACAAGACACUGGCGGAAUUUGAGCAUGACGUAUUUUUGGUAUCCAGCAAUGCAAUGCUUUUCAACUCUUCAAGUACAGUAUAUUAUCGACAUGCACGUGCUAUUAAGGACCUAGCACAGAAGUUGUUUGACGCUCUAAAAACUAACCCUAAGAACUUUGAAAAAGAAUGUUCCAUUUUGAGACAACGAGCUGGUAGGAGGACAAAAAAUGGCUCUUGUGAUCAGCCAACUAAACGAGUGGUAUCAGAAGGCUCCAGAGAAGAAAGACCAUAUCAGCACAGUGAAGAUCGACUUGGAAACUGUAAGCCUUGGGAAACAUUUCUUAAUGAGAAUGAGGCAAUUAUUUCUUCAGUUUACAAGAGUCCGGAAUCAAUUAAUCCGAAGUUGAAGACAAAAAUGGACGAGGUUGGAUACGAGGGAAGCUUGAUGCGGUUUGUUAAAGAUCUGGGGCCAACACCUCAAACAGUUGCCAGGGACAAGUUGCAGAAGUGGAAAGCUGAUGAAGCUUUUAAGCGUCAGAUUGUGACUGCACACCUAGAGCCCCUGAAAUCCCUAAUGUCACAUCUGGACACAAUGGUUUUCCCGCUGCUUUGUCUUUAGACUUUCAUAAGAAUUC